UUUGGUCAGAUUACUAUGGACAAUGCAUCCAACAACGAUACAUUCACGUCGGAGCUUGAGAUGGAGCUAGAUAAGAGAAGCAUUCCAUUUCACUGUGCUGGCAAUCAUUUAAGCUCUGCCACUUCAACAGACCUUCAACUUUACGCUGACUCUUUUUCAAAUGAUCCCGUUCCUGAAUGUCGCGAGAUUGUCAAUGCUUACAGACACUCGGAUCAGCGUCAUCGUCAAUGGAACAACAAUGUAUAUUGGAGGGGUAGGCUUCCUGACGACAAGGAUAAACUGCCUGUGCUCCGCCUUCUGCGAGAUUGCUCAACUCGCUGGCCAUCAACAUUCAGAAUGAUUGAUCGUGUUCUGACUCUGCAUCCGGCUAUUCAGCCAUUGCUGCAGGAAAUUCAAAACGCAGACAUUGCCCACCUUUCCAUAGACUCAAAGGAUCUCGAUGUCCUCCGCGACAUUCAUCAUAUCAUCGAGAUCCCACACGCAGCGCAAGAGCUACUCGCAUCAGAGCGCACUCCUACUCUCUCAAUGGCCCUUCCUGCAUACGAACUUUUGCAGACCAGAUGGACCGAGCUGAAGGGUUCCAUUUGGGAGCUUUCCCAUUAUAUUGAAGUCGGCCUCGACAAGCUCACCAACUACAUUCGGGAAGGCAGGAGAACACGGAUAUAUGCACUAGCAAUGAUUAUCAAUCCGAGCUUGAAACUUCAGUGGAUGAAGGUCCACUGGAACGAGAAUGAUGCAAAAAAAGCACGGGAAUGGAUGUUAGAAGCGGUAUGU